AAGGCGGAACCAAUGUAGUGACGGGAACCGACCACUUGCUGCCCGCGUUGCAGCUGGUGACGGAGGGGGGUCGGGGCGGAGCGGUUAGAGUGUGACACCCGCCUCCCGAGCUACAGAAUGGAGUUUCAGUGACUCCGAUAAUCACAAAAAUAAAGACGAUAAAACCUAGAAUAAUUCAAACGAGAAACAUGGCGACAGGCAGGCCGGCUCUGAGCAGUAUGGCAGAGAGUAUUACUAUACGAGUCCAGUCCCCUGACGGGAUGAUAAAAGUUUCAGCAACCAAGCGAGACACAGCAGCUGCGUUUUUAAAAAAGGUCGCUAAGGAGUUUGGGUUUAGCACCAACGGCUUCUCCAUUUACCAAAACAGAAACAAGACUGGAGAGGUUACACCGCAGAGCAAAUCGCUUAGUCUUCUCAAGAUCAAACAUGGAGACAUGCUGUAUCUGUUCCCCUCGGCCGCCCCUGGACCGUCUGGUGAGAUCAUGGAUGUAGCAGCGCCUCCUUCAACAUCAUCGACAUCGUCAUCAUCGCUCUCACGACCCCAGUCUUCGUUAUCACGAUCUCAGACCACAAUGCAAAUCGCAGAAGAUGAGAUUGACCAGUAUCUGGCCAAACAAGAUGGGAAGAUUUACAGAAACCAAGAUCCACAACUGUGCCGACACGGUUCAAUGGGGAAAUGUGUGCACUGUGUACCCUUAGAGCCUUUCGACGAGGAUUAUCUGAACCACCUGGACCCACCGGUCAAACACAUGUCAUUCCAUGCGUACAUCCGCAAACUGACAGGAGGCGCGGACAAGGGGAAGUUUGCGGCCCUGGAGAACAUUAGCUGUAAGAUUAAAUCGGGCUGCGAGGGACACCCACCUUGGCCAGAGGGAAUCUGCACCAAGUGUCAGCCCAGCGCAAUCACCCUCAACAGACAGAAAUACAGACAUGUGGAUAAUAUCAUGUUUGAGAAUCACACCAUUGCUGACCGCUUCCUUGACUUCUGGAGAAAGACUGGGAACCAGCGGAUGGGCUACCUGUACGGGCGCUACACAGAGCACAAGGACAUCCCUCUGGGCAUCAGAGCUGAAGUGGCAGCCAUCUAUGAGCCUCCCCAGAUCGCGACCCAGAACAGCUUGGAGCUCGUGGACGAUCCCAAAGCUGGAGCUGUGGAGGAAAUUGCAGCUAAACUGGGCCUCCGGAAGGUGGGUUGGAUAUUUACAGAUCUGCUCUCUGAAGACACCAGGAUAGGUACUGUCCGGUACAGCAGAAACAAGGACUCCUAUUUCUUGAGUGCAGAGGAAUGUAUCACAGCUGGCGAUUUCCAGAACAAACACCCCAACACCUGCCGCCUCUCUCCCGACGGAGACUUUGGAUCGAAGUUCGUCACUGUGGUAGCAACAGGGGGCCCUGAUAACCAGGUGCACUUCGAGGGGUACCAGGUGUCGAAUCAGUGCAUGGCGCUGGUGCGGGACGAGUGUCUACUGCCCUGCCGUGACGUGCCCGAGCUCGGCUACGCCAAGGAGUCCAGCACUGAGCAGUAUGUACCAGACGUCUUCUACAAGGACAAAGACAAAUUCGGUAAUGACAUCACCUAUUUAGCACGGCCACUGCCUGUGGAAUACCUGAUCAUAGACAUAACCACCACUUUCCCGAAGGACCCAGCUUACACAUUCACAUCCACGCAGCGCUUCUCCAUUGAGAAUCGAGACUUCCUGGGAGAGACGCAGGAUUUCCACAGCCUCGCCACGUAUCUUUCCCAGAACACAUCUACUGUGUUCCUCAACAUCGUGUCUGAUUUCCACCUCCUUCUCUUCCUGGUAACCAACGAGGUCAUGCCUCUCGGAGAUAGUAUCGGCCUCCUGCUGGAUGCAGUGAAGACAUCCAAUGAGGAACUAGCACAGACCUGGAGGAAAUCAGAACAGUGGGCAACAAUCGAGCAGCUAUGCAGCACAGUUGGCGGGCAGUCGUCAGGGUUACCCGAUUACGGUGCCAUGGGAGGGCCCCCUAACCCCGCCUCCUCCUCUUCAAUGUGGUCCUGCCGCCACUGCACCUUCAUGAACCAGCCCGGCACGGAGCAAUGUGAGAUGUGCAGUCUGCCCCACAGCUAGACCUGCCACCCCCACAGGGAAGAAAGGGGAAGAGGGGUGAAGAGACCACGACCAACAUCAUUGGACUGGGCACUGAGACCAGUUACAGGAACUAGUGUCUCCUCUCUGUCUUUUUCUUUGACGCCCCCUGCCCAAUCUCAAAGGCUGCCUUGGAAAUAAAAAAAAAAAAACACACACACACACACACCUGGUACCCAUUCUCUUUUUCUAAAUGAUGUCACUGUGCAGUUUUACCACUGAGCAGCAAGAGGCUCCACAGAACUACAAAUAAAAAAUAUCCAAAUAUCAGUUUGUGAGGAUCCCCUUAAUUAAGGCAGGCAGAUUGGAAAGCGCUUGGCAAAGAAUUGCUUCUGAAAUUCAGUGAAGCACUUUCUCCUGUGGUAGAGCUCGUCUCUGGAGCCCAGACUGAUCGCUCCUGUGCUGCAGGAUGGCAGCUGUAAAACCAGAGAUCAAACAAACUCUUUCUGCUGGUGCAAGCUUCCCUCACCUGUCUCCGCCGCCACAGUCAAAAGUAACCCUGACAUUCUUGGUGUAAAUACACUUAAAAGGAAUGAUGCUCUUAUUUAAAUGCAACCAGAUUGCUUUUUUUGUAGUAGUUCUAUUUAUGGAAUUUUGUACUAUUUCCUUUGAACGCACAGUCCAGAGAGAGGUGGUGCUUUGUGGAGAAACUUAUCAGCAACAAAAAAUAAAUAACAAGGGCUGGGCUGGACUGUCCAACAACCAGUAAAAUCAUUUGCCUGUGAAUGCUGUUCCUCCCUGACCCUCUGCCAGUUUUAUUGGAAUGGGAUUGUUUAUUAUUGACACUGCUUUGUAAUCCCCAGUGUCCCGGAUUCUUUUAAAAUCUAUUACACCCAGCAUGGAUUACUGAUUUGGCACUAUCCUAGAUUCGAUUGUCAGGAUCCCCCUCUGUUUCUCUUUCUGGUUUAGUGCUAAGCUAGUAAAACUGGAAUCAUUGACUGGUUUUUACUGACUCUGGAUCUCCAGUUAUGCAGUGUAAAUUCUGUUCAGCCCACACUGAAAUAUAGCACUAAUCGACACCGCUCAAGUAAACUCCUCCUUAUGGUCGUUGUUUUCGGAGGUUUUAUCAGCAAAAGUAUGUCGUCUUUCGAGCUGCGCAAUGUCUCCGCUGUACUGGCUGUUUACACUGAUCUAAUUGUGGUUCUGAUGACCUAGCGCUUGGCUUGAAUCGUCCAAAAAAUACAUUAUUAAAGUGAAAACCCAUCUAUGAAGGGAUUCUCGACGCAGUCUAUGCUACCACUGGCAGCCUUAAAAAAUAACUAAAACCUAAUAACUAAAGAAAAACUGUUGGCUAUGAGUUUAGACUGCUUUUACAAGAUCAGCAGAUUCUUCAUGCUGCUUCAAAAGAGUCAGCUCCUGGUUUUACCCAAGCAUCUUCAUUCAGCCAGUGUUUGAGACCAAGCACUAAAUAUAUGUUUGAACUAAUUAAACGGUUUAAUGCCAGGCAGAUCUCCCCCUAAAACUCUUCAGAAGGGCCAGGAUAAGAAAAUUGAUACCAUGGGUUUACUUGUGGGGGAACAAAUGUAUUUAUUUUUUGCAGUGCAUGUGAAGUGUGUUUGCACCAUUCCUAAAAUUAAAAAAAAAAAAAAAAAAGCUUGGACUGCUGUGUCUUCACUUCUCCAACUGAAAAUGGGAGUGCCUAACGCCUGAUUUUGUCCGUGCCGAAAUAAAUACACCCUUUGGAGGCGUUAAAAACAUGCUUUGAAUAGCAGCUACCUGAGCCAGUAGUUGUGUGUGAGGCUCUUCACACUAAGCAGGUCCUGAUGAUCGCAGUCCAUACUUGAAAUGCAUCUCUUGUAUCUGUGAGUUUCUUUCUUACUCUGGCUUGCGGAUGUAUGUUGUUGGGUUAUUCUAAUUACAGCCCUGCCAUUCAAAUCUAAUAAAAAUCAAAGAAACGA